AGUAACAAGUUACAGAGCGCAGGGGACGCUGCCAGCUGGAAGAGUUUGCGCCGCAGACUGGCUGCCCGCAACAGCGCUCUGUCGCAGCACACCUUCAGUGUUUGGCGAAUGGGGAUUUAAUUUGGGCAGGGAUCUUUUCAUUCUACGAUGUGGGUCACUGAUGCACGUCUGGAAUUCAAAGUCAACGGAGGCGACAAAUAAAGGGAUCUGAUAUAGCAAUGGAAAUGCUGUGAACUCUCUCAUUUGUUGGAGGUGGAAUUUAACUUUGCUGUUUUUUUAUUGGGGAGUGUUGUUGGAUACAGAUUUUUCACCGCAUUUCUUCAUGAUUCUGCGCUGAACGGAGGAUUCGAGGUUCACUGAUAUCUAUUAACUGGAUGUUAAAGGGAAAGAAAUAAAAACACCUCUAACCUUCAACAUGACAUCUGUAGCUGGAAAUAAAGACAGGUCGUCUUCUGUGGCAACCAGAAACCGCAAAUAUGGGAUGACAGAUGCUUGCUCCCCGACAAAAUCCGCGUCCUUUUCUCCGGAGACCUGGUACAGAAAAGCCUACGAGGAGUCCCGGACCGGCAGCCGCCCCACCCCCGAGGGAGCUGGGUCUGUCCCCGGUUCCUCCGGAACCCCGUCUCCGGGAUCCGGCACUUCUUCCCCGGGAUCCUUCUCCGGCUCCCCCGGCCCAACGUCUCCGGGAAUCGGGACAGGCUCACCUGGAUCACUUGGCGGAUCUCCCGGCUUCGGGACUGGAUCUCCAGGAUCCGGCAGCGGGAGCUCUCCCGGCUCGGAUCGCGGAAUCUGGUGUGAGAACUGUAACGCCAGGCUGGUGGAGCUAAAAAGACAGGCGCUGAAAUUACUCAUCCCGGGACCCUUUUCGAGCAAGGACCCGUCGUUCUCGGCUCUCAUCCACGACAAGCUCCAAGUCCCCAACACCACCCGGAAGGCAUGGAAUGAGAAGGACAACCGCUGCGACAUUUGCGCCACCCACCUGAACCAGCUGAAGCAAGAGGCCAUCCAGAUGGUGCUGACUCUCGAACAGGCGGCCUCCCUCGAGCAGAGCGACGUGUCCCCGGGCUCCCCUCCUCUCUCCAGCAUCCCUUCUCUGGUGGGCUCGCGCAACAUCAGUGGCCUGCAGGGGCCCCGUGACUGGUCCUACCUCCCGGCGGCCUACAGCACUCCAGGCUACACCGGCUUCCUACCUGGCAAGCACUCCAGCAAGCCCAACAGCCUGGGCAUCGGCACUGGGCUGGAGAAGAAGAACGGCUCUCCGGGGCACGCUGGAAAACCUGGGGCGCAGAUGCCCACAAGCCCCAGCAAUGGCAAUAUUCUGAGCUCCGUGGCCAUCCAGGCGCACCAGUACCUGGAAGGCACCUGGUCCCUGUCGAGAGCCAAUGGAGUAACCCUCUACCCCUACCAAAUUUCUCAGCUGAUGACUGAGACCUGCCGGGAAGGCCUGACAGAAGCUGCCCUGAACCGCUAUAAUGCAGACAGGCCUUCACUCUACAGCUUUUCAGGCUCCCAGAACACCUUUGUUUCCAGCGUCCCAUCCAGCGGAACGUCCGCCGCUGCAUCCUUCUUUGCCAGAGCUGCCCAGAAGCUGAAUUUGUCCUCGAAGAAAAAGAAGCAGCAUCGUCCUUCCCCCUCCUAUGUGUGUGACCCCCCUCUUUUCCCCACCAACUUCAGUGGCAUCCUGCAGAUCUCCCCCCCGCCGGCCCCCCCUUGCCUGCUUCGAGCCGUGAACAAAGUCAAGGACAACCCAGGACUGGGAAAGGUGAAAGUCAUGCUGCGUGUCUGCCCCCUCUCUCCGGGAGAUACAUCGGAGUCCAGCUCCUUCUUGAAGGUUGAUCCUCGCAAGAAGCAGAUCACUCUGUUUGACCCAGCUUCCAACGGCCCUCAGAAAUCCACCCAGAAACGAGGCAGUCAGGUGCCACCAAAGAUGUUUGCCUUUGAUGCUGCCUUCCCGCAUGAUGCCUCACAGGCUGAAGUAUGUGCCGGCACUGUGGCGGAAGUUAUCCAGUCAGUGGUGAAUGGGGCUGACGGCUGUGUGUUCUGCUUUGGCCAUGCCAAGCUGGGAAAGUCAUAUACCAUGAUUGGAAAAGAUGACUCCAUGCAAAACCUUGGAAUAAUCCCCUGCGCGAUAUCCUGGCUCUUCAAGUUGAUAAACGAGAGGAAGGAGAAGACGGGAGCCCGCUUCUCGGUGCGUGUCUCUGCAGUCGAGGUCUGGGGAAAGGAUGAGAACCUGAAGGACCUGCUGUCAGAAGUGGCCACAGGCAGUCUGCAAGACGGCCAGUCUCCUGGAGUGUACCUCUGCGAGGACCCCAUCUGUGGAAUGCAGCUGCAGAACCAAAGCGAGUUACGGGCGCCCACUGCCGAGAAAGCCGCCUUCUUCUUGGAUGCGGCCAUCGCCUCCCGACACAGCAGCAAGCCGGACUGUGACGAGGACGAGCACCGCAACUCCCACAUGCUGUUCACUCUGCACAUCUACCAGUACCGCAUGGAGAAGAGCGGCAAGGGCGGCAUGUCUGGGGGGCGAAGCCGGCUGCAUCUCAUCGACCUGGGCAGCUGUGUGAAAGUACUCAGCAAGAACAGGGACAGCAGCUCUGGACUCUGUCUGUCACUCUCUGCUCUGGGGAAUGUCAUCCUCGCUCUUGUCAAUGGCAGCAAGCACAUUCCCUACAAGGACAGCAAACUCACCAUGCUACUCCGUGAGUCACUGGGGAACAUGAACUGCCGAACCACCAUGAUUGCACAUAUCUCUGCAGCUCCUAGCAACUUCGCAGAGACGCUGUCCACCAUCCAGAUUGCAUCCCGUGUUUUAAGGAUGAAGAAGAAGAAAACUAAACAGUACACUUCAAGUUCUUCUGGAGGCGAAAGUUCUUGUGAAGAAGGAAGAAUGCGCCGCCCCACCCAGCUGAGACCCUUCCAUUCCAGAAAUGUGGUUGACCCAGAACUUCCUCUGCUGCACCUGUCCAGUGAUCCAGAUUACUCCUCAAGCAGUGAACAGUCCUGUGAUACUGUCAUCUAUGUGGGUCCCAAUGGCUCCGCAUUGUCUGACAAGGAACUGACAGACAAUGAAGGACCUCCAGACUUUGUGCCCAUCAUUCCAUCAUUACAGAAGAACAAGAUAGAGCCAGGGAAGCUACAACAGCUGGUGCAGGAGGAAAGUGCCGACACUGGCAAACACGAGAAGGACUGCCUGAAGUGCAACACAUUUGCUGAGCUUCAGGAGAGGUUGGAGUGCAUUGAUGGUAGUGAGGAGGUUACUAAAUUUCCCUUUGAAGAGGUUCCUGCAAAUCCAGGGCCCAAGUAUGAAUCAUUGCUGACACAAGGACCUGAAAUAAAAACGGCUUCUGAGUCUCAUGUGUCUGAUAAAGUGUCUAACGGACAGCAACAACAACAAUUAAAGGAGGCUCUUCAGAAUGCCAUUGUUCCUCACACUGAGAGUGUUCUCACAGCUUUGCCAAGCAUUUCUACAUUUUCUUCAAGCAGGAGUGUCACAGGGAGUAGCAAUAUACAGACUGGUUCUUUGCAGAAUGCCCAAAAUUCCACUCUAUAUAGUAGCAAGGAGUCCCUUAAUACUACCAGCUCUGGCGAAGCAAAACCACGUCCCAUGGGAUCUCCCAGAUUGGGUAUCGCCAGCUUAACCAAAACCUCGGACUAUAAACCACCUUCUUCUCCAUCCCAGCGCUGCAAGGUUUAUACUCAGAAAGGUGUUUUGCCUUGUUCAGCCCCCCUAUUAUCACAGAGUAUGAACAAGGACAAUGGAAAGUCCUCCAGUGAAUCUUUGCUGCAACCUGAAGUCAGAACAUCACCUGUGGGAAUGAGCCCACAGGUCAUGAAGAAGUCCUCUUCUUUCACUAGUGUUGGAUCCACUGAGACCUCGCCAGAAGACCUUACUCAGCAGUCAGUGGUGAAUAGGAAGGAGGUGAAAAGCACAACGACAGUGACAGUGCAGCAGCCUCUUGAGCUAAAUGGAGAGGAUGAGCUGGUGUUCACUUUGGUGGAAGAAUUAACCAUCAGUGGCGUGAUGGAAAAUGGACGGCCUACCAGCAUUAUCAGCUUUAACAGUGACUGUUCUGUCCAGGCCCUGGCUUCUGGCUCUCGUCCAGUCAGCAUAAUUAGCAGCAUCAGUGAAGAUCUGGAGUGCUACUCCACCGCUGCAGCUUGCACCACGGCUACAAUUUCAGAGGUUAGCAUUACCAAGUUCCUGCCGGUCCCCAAAAGGGAUGUAGAAGCCUUGACAUCCAGUAGCCGCUGUUCUUCCAUCAGCUCUUGGCUCAGUGAAAUGAGCACUGGUAGUGAUGGAGAGCAGUCUUGCCACAGCUUUGUUGCCCAACAGUCCUAUGGACAAGGAGAGGCUAUGGCAGAUCCCCAUCUAACUGACCUGUCAGAAGAUGUACAUAAUGAUGUACAUGAUGAUUCUCUUCAGCAUCGGAAUGGGGGAGGUGAAAGUCUGCUUGCUGCUGCAGAGAAAGUUCAUGAGAAGAGCCUGUCUAACAAGGUAUCUCCUCUUAAAAACUGUAAGGUAUCAACCAUGGGCAAAACAGCCAUCACCAUUUCUAAUGUGCCCACUUUAGUCUCAGACAGCUAUAUACCCAUCAAGGCAAAUAUAACUGUUCGUCCAUGCAUUCCAGUGAAACCAGGGUCUCUGCAGGAUUCGAAUCAAGAAUGUUCUGCUUUAAAGUCCCUUCAGAUUAAAGAAACCAAAGCACCAGCUGUUUCUGUGUCCAGUGAUAUCAAAUUUGAUGAUCCCUGGCUGAAAAGAGAAGAUAAUGAUGAGCCCAAAGCUAAAGAUGUUAUUUCUGAAGCAAAAUUGGAAAAAAGGGCCUCAGAUCCAAUGAGAAACUGGAACUCUGCUGAUAGGUUCAGUUCAAGUAGUGGGGAAGUCGCCAAUUCCCCAGUGUACUGUGACAACCUAAAGAGAGUUGUCGAUGGGUGUGAGAUGGCUUUAUCUGCUUCUGAGAGCCACAGUCCUGUUUAUUCAGCUGAGGUGCUUAAGACAGGGAGUCUGCCUAGGGGAUGGCACCGCUUGAACAAGCAAGAUGAUCCUGAAGAGUCCUCCCUUCGUUUAAUGGGUGGGGACUGUAAUGGCAUAGGGGCUACGACUUCAACUCCUUGCAGCCCAAGAGCCACACUUGAAAGGAGGGGAAUGUCAGCAAAGCAAUGCAUUCUUUCCAGGCCUAAAGGAAUCCCACCACUGCCUCCUGUUAGAAAAUCCAGUCUGGACCAGAGAAAUAGAGCAAGCCCCCAGCAUGGGACUGGCAGUAAUCAAACAGUAAACCAGACACUUACUUUCAUAGGAAGCACUCCUGAUGACCUGGGAAGCAACGGAAAACUGAAAGGUCCAAAUGUAGAAAGCAGCAGUAGGCUCUUCAGUGCAAAGUUAGAGCAGUUAGCCAACAGGACCAAUUCCCUUGGAAGGUCCCACGCUGGGCAUUAUGACUGCUUGUCUUUAGAAAGGGCUGAGAGCCUGACUUCAGUUGGUUCCAAGACUAGUCUGGGAAGAGACAGUACCAUGCCUAGGACAGGCCGGAGCCUCAGCCGUGGCUCUGUGUCUUCACCCACAGGUUCGAAUGGGAACAACAGUACACCUCAGUCUCCCAAGUCAACACAGUCGAAGAUUUCGGCAGUCAGCAAACUUCUCCUUGCCAGCCCCAAAGCUAGAAGCUUGUCCGCUUCCAGCACCAAAACACUGAGCUUCUCCACUAAGUCACUCCCUCAGUCUGUGAAUAGGAGUUCCAGCUUACCUCCCAAUGGGAAGAACCAGAUUUCCUGGUCUACGCAGUCCCUGAGCAGGAACCGUGGCUCAGGGCUAGCUUCCAAACUGCCCUUGAGAGCUGUCAAUGGACGAAUCUCUGAACUGCUCCAAGGGAGCAGUGGCUCACGAUCUGGGCAUGCCCGGGGGGCCUCAGACUCUGACGAAAGAGCAAUGCCUGGAGAUGAGAAGCCUGUCGUUCAGACACUGCCUUCACCCUACAGCAAGAUUACUGCUCCCCGCAAGCCCCACCGCUGCAGCAGUGGCCAUGGGAGUGACAACAGCAGCGUCCUGAGUGGAGAACUACCUCCUGCCAUGGGGAAAACAGCUCUGUUCUAUCACAGCGGGGGCAGCAGUGGCUAUGAGAGCAUGAUUCGAGACAGUGAGGCAACAGGAAGCGCCUCAUCCGCCCAGGACUCCAUGAGUGAGAACAGUAGCUCUGUUAGCGGCCGAAGGAGUCUCAAAAAUCCAAAGAAAAGGAACAAUACAGGGUCCCAGAGACGUCGUCUGAUUCCGGCCCUGACUCUGGACACCUCGUCUCCAGUUGGGAAGCCCACUCCCAGCCCUGGCCUGCGCUGGGUGGAUGGGCCACUGCGGCCUGCACAGAGAGGGAUGGCCGAGCCAUUCGAGAUCAAAGUGUAUGAAAUAGACGAUGUGGAGCGCCUGCAGAGGAGAAGAGGGGCAGGCAGCAGGGAGGUGGUCUACUUCAGUGCCAAACUGAAAAUUCUGGAGCAUCGACAGCAGCGCAUUUCUGAAGUUCGUGCCAAGUACGACUGGCUGAAAAAAGAACUGGAGGUGACCAAACAGCAUUUAAUGCUGGAGCCUGAAAAAUGGACUAGUGAAUUUGACCUGCAGCAGACGUUCGAGGUGGACUCUCUGGAGUACCUAGAGGCCUUGGAGUUUGUCACCGAGCGGCUCGAGAGCCGAGUCAACUUCUGCAAGGCCCACCUCAUGAUGAUCACCUGCUUCGAUAUCACUUCCAGGCGGCGAUAGAGGAGACCUGACACCCUGAGAGCGAGGACUGAAUGAAACCAUUGAAUGUUGUUCGUGGAAUGUGUAUGGGAAAGUGUAUGUUUCCUGUUGGGAUCGGCAGAUAAACAAACAUACAGAAAUACUGUAAGAAAGGGUGUAUCGGGGAACGGGGCCACAUGUAAGGAUUGUUGAGAUUUGAGGAUGUUAUCUCUUUUGAGACCAAAAGAGCACUUUUUGAGAAAAAUUUUGAAACUACGGUUGUGUGUAUAUACAGUUUGCUCUCUUCAAAGGAGCCGACAGAUUGCGAACAGAAACUUGCCAAGCAAAGAAAGAGGAAAAAGACAAGAAAAAAAAGGACUACAAGUGCCUUGCCAAGACUUCAAUAUCCAAACAUUUUUCCCGUAUUUGUGUACAGAUGGUGCUAGCUUAACUAGAUGAAACAAGAAAAAAAAUACAGCUUGUUAUACUUGGUGUUUUAUCCUUCUGACUCGCUGUUUAUCAGUACUUUGUAUUUGUAUUGUUAUAUACUAGUUGGGAAGCGGCAUAUAAUGAACUGUCUCUUUUUGUUGUUUUUUUUUACUUUUUUAUUUCUAAUGUACUGUUAGACCACUCCGAGUUGAUGUUAAAAAAAGGUUUUAUACUCUCUGUAAUCAAUUUUUCAGUUCCUUUUGCUGGUCUCGCACAUUUGCCAAUAUUUGUCACAGAAACAGAGGAGAAGGAGAAGAUGAAAAGAUGAAUAGCUACAAGCAUGAUGGAUGGGUGGUAAAGCAGACUGAAACGAAGAGCCAUUGCUUGGUAUACUAUAAUGUUUCAUGCUGUAGCUCUGUAGUAUUUGUAGCAUUUGGCCCUAACUGUCUAACAUCUGGAACGUUGUGCCUCUUACUCCCAUUCUUAAGUUUAGGCUUUCAAGCCAGUUUUCAGAUCAAUAUUUUGCUUUUGAGCAAAUGAUUCUUGGAAGAAAAAGAUUUUAAAGCUUGAAAGUGAAGUGCAGUGAAAUGCAUCUGUAAAAAUAAACUGUUCGGUUUAAAGCAAAUAUGAAACGCUGUAAACGUCAGGCCCACGAGUACGAACUUCAGGCCUUUAUUCUGUAGCCAUGAGGAGCUAGAUGCCAAGAUUGUACUAUUGGAAGUAUUGCACAGAUUCUACAGUUUUCUUGGAAGAAUUUCACAGCACAUCAUAGCUGUGUUAUAUGUUCUUGCCAGGCUAUGUACGUCCUAAUCAAUGUAUUAAUGGACAAAACGUAGCAAGGUCUGAUGUAAAAAUCAUCAAGUAUUUUUGUUUUGGUUUUCUGUGUAUGGAAAAACGGACACAUCGGAAGGAACUGAAAUGUUUUUUUUUAAUAGUUUCAUUUUUAAAAAAUAGCUUUAUAAGAAAACAUUGACUCUGUGUGAUCAACAGCAACACACACUUUUUAUUAAUAUUUGUUAAUAUAUGGUGCUUGAAUGAGGCGUUUUCAGCUCUAAAUGUUUAUAUAUACAGUAGCUUGUUUUCUAUUCUGAAUUUGCCCCAUAUGCUUUACCACCCUUGUCACCUUUUCACAUUUAACAGCUGGAGCUGCUGUGACUAACACACCCUACCCUUCCCAUAGUAAUGUAUGAAGGAUAUAAUUUAUUUGUAAACUCAGGAUGCUUGUUUUAUGGAGUUGCUUGUAUUUUAUAAUUUAUUUACACAUUAUGGUUUGCAAAGUGCUAUGCAUUAAAAACUGUACAGUUGCUGAACCCAUUUCAUAUAUAUAAAUAUAUAUAAAAUAUAUAUAAAUAUAUUAUUUUUUUUCCGCAAAAGCACCUGCCACUGAAUUGUAUUGGAAGGAUUGGUGCAUAAGGCUGAUACGAACGAGUGAUGACUGGCAUUCAAACAAUCUCAAUUAUAAUGUGUGCAAUGUGUUUGUUUCUUGUUUUUUUUGAUGCAGACAUCUUCAUGCAUCCUUGCAGUAAAGUGAGAUCAUAAAAUAUAAUGCAGUGUUAUAUGCAGUACACAGUGGAGAGAAUGUUGUUUUCGGAGACCUUUGUCUAUUCACAAGUGGUUGUUAGAACAGGUGUGUUUUUUUCAUGUCAAAGUGAAGCUACAUGUUUUUAUUUUGUCUUGAGGAGAAACUUAUAUAAAAUCAGGCUGAUCUCCAAGAACUAAACUUAAAUAAACAAGGCGAUGCUAACUUUGCGUUGUGUUGUGGAUACCAGAGGAGAGAAGUAUUGUCAUUAUAAUCCAAGGAGAUUCUUCAAAACUAGCAAAGGUGGAUUUUUUUGGGGGGGUGUGGGUAGAGGGGGCAACUGUUAUUGAGUCUCAUUGAAGCUGCUUCUCACACACUGACACCUGUGGUAUCCCAAGUAAUUCACAGUGCAGAUGCAACAAAUUACUUGAUUCAAAAUAAGGCUGUUGACAAAUACAAUAGUUAGAAUGAAGAAAUCUCUCUGGCGAUUAAAUAUGUUGAACCCCUUAAUCUGAGAGGCUGUGUUACUAAAUGGACCUCUAAUCAUAUGAAAUAAUAUCCUUAUGUCUCAGAUACCAAUGGAUAAAACAGCUUAUUUGCUAACGUCCUCCCUGAUACAUAUACAGUACAACUGCCAUUAAGUACAGUAAAUCAAACAUAUACAGUACAGGAGUUUUUUUAAGAAAGAUGUAGUGGAAUAGUGUGUUACUUUUUUUUUAAACUGAGGUCAGUUUCUUUUUUUAAAUCAUUGGUAUCUCUGAUAGUCAGGGUCAGUAGCAGAGAGACUGCUGAAUAAAGGACAGAAAAUGUCAAGGGACUCUAGGUAAUACGCUUGCCUACAUUAAAAAAAUCUUUUAUCCAUUUCUCCAAAGUAGCAUUAUAGUCUUCACUUGUAUGGCUAAAAUCUAUGUAGAAUACUCUUGUGAAUAAACCAUGAAUUUUACAUUUACAUUUCAUUACGCGAUUAUGAAUGAGCAAGCAAUGUGUUCAUAUUCUGAUAAUGUUGCUUUGACCUGAUAAGCUCUGACAGAAAAUGAGUAAAAUCUCAAAUGGAAUGCAAAAUAGUUUUUUUAGGUACAGGUCACACUGUAUAUCACUGUCAUUGUAUACUUCCCGGUAUCUAAAAGGUUACAUCUUUAACACCUUAAGAUCCUCAUCACUCCACGACCUGUUAUUCCCAUUAAUAACAGCUUGGGCACUUUUAUACCCAAAGGGUCAUGGGAAUUUAAACAAGCUACGCAGCCAUGUUGUUGAAGCCAAUACCCUGGCUUCUUUCAGGAAAUGGCUGGAAGAGAUCCGUAGAUGAAUUAACUACCAACUACCAAACAGGUUGGAUGGGCUGAAUGGCCUCCUCUCAUUUGUAAACUUUUUUGUUCUUAUUUUCUAACCACAUGCCAGUAUGGUGCAUUGCUGUUGCCAGCCUUCAGAUCUUUGUUCAGAAAUGUGUAUGAUGAACAUGUCAAUUUAUGAAGCCUGUUUCUGUGAAUAAACAGUAUAUUUUUCAUCCAUUUUCACUGCAUCUCUUGGUUAUGAAUGAGUAGCUAAGGUGCGCGCAUUUUCUUUGAAUUUUUUCAGGCCGUCUGGUUGUGCAGUAUUCAUUAUGACAGAAAGAAAAGCAUCACAAGCUUCUUUCCUGCUCAAAAUGUGGUUUUGCAGGAAUAUUUUCUUUUGUAUUCAAGAUGCAUGCAAAAAUGGAAAUGUUGUCCCACAUUUAUUUAGCUACUCUUUUCUGUUUCAAUGAGCUGAUCUUAUUAAACCUUUUAAAUUGUGCCA